AUGUGCUACUAUGGCAGCUACUAUGGAGGCCUGGGCUGCGGCUAUGGAGGCUUCGGUGGACUAGGCUAUGGCUCUGGGAUCGGAGGCUAUGGCUAUCGCUCUGGCUAUGGAGGCUGGGGAUGUGGCUGCUGGCGCCCAACUUGCUGUGGGGGAUACGGCAUCUCCGGGUUCUACUGA